CUAGUAGGCGACAAAAUCUCAGAAUUUUGAAUCGACUCAGGUUGUUGGGCUCCGCGAGCUUAUCAAGCUGUGUCUGGGUGUGUUUAACUUUCAGCCCUCCCUUCACUCUCAGAGUUAGACGGUGACUCUAACAUCAUCUCUGCAAAACAUUCCUAAACAGCUUUUGAGCGUCGCCAUGGUAACGCACCGCGGUAGAAGCAGAGGGAAGGUUGUUCUGAGCCGCGGGCCAAAACACAAGCCGGCCAAGGUUUCAAAGACCCCGCAGCGAGCCUGGAAAGACUCCCAAAGAAGGACCGCGGUGACCCGUCCGAAUGGAAAAAAGCUCCCCCAUAGAGUUCCUGCCAAGAAAGAAGAACAGGAUCACACUGAUUCAGACACGUAUGAGGAUGAAGUUGCAAAACCUGAGAGAAAAGUCAUCAGGAAAUCUCCAAGACUCAAGGACCUUUCUGGGUGCAGGAGGACUGGGGUGAGGAGAAGCACCAGGCGGACCAGACAGACGAGCAGGUAUCAGGCCUCCAACAUGUUUGAUGGCAUCAGCAACACCCAGGGAGGCCUGAACGGGAUGGACAACCUGAAGAAAAACCAACUGAUUACUAACAACAAAAACGGAAAGAUUUACUCUAAAGCCCAGAAGAAGAAAACACCAGUACCACUGCAACGAGACCUUAGUGACACUGAAGAUGUCAACGGUGAUACCGCUGAUGUAGAUAGUGGGCUUGGAACAACUGUGGAUGAGGACAAUAAUUGCAGUGUGAACCAGGACUUUAACACCAGACUGGGCCAAGGUUCAUCGAUGUACCAGGGGCCCAGCAGCGAGUUCCUGAAAGGAACCUUCCAGAUCAACCCGUCAGGAACCAACACAACCCGCAGGCGAGUCUUCAGAACCACUCAGAGCGUGUGGUCAAAUCACUCUGAUGACGACUCAGAUGAUGAGGAUAAAAAGGCCUCCAGCAGCUGCCGCGCACUCGGUCUGCGUACAGAGGAGCUUUUUAGUACUCACAGAGACAAGUUGGCUGCGGGAGCCGGACUGGCAGACAUCGAUCCCAUGGCCAUUGAUCAGUUAGUGGGCUUUGAUAGCAUCGGUGGACUCUCAGGUCACAUCUCAGCUCUAAAGGAGAUGGUCAUGUUUCCUCUUCUCUACCCAGAAGUCUUUGACAAUUUCAAGAUUCAGCCUCCCAGAGGUUGUCUGUUCUACGGCCCCCCUGGGACCGGAAAAACGCUGGUUGCCCGGGCGCUGGCCAGUGAAUGUAGCCAUGGCAACAGGAAGGUAUCCUUCUUCAUGAGGAAGGGAGCCGACUGCCUCAACAAGUGGGUGGGGGAGUCAGAGCGGCAGCUGCGGCUGCUAUUUGAGCAGGCUUAUCAGAGACGCCCCUCCAUCAUUUUCUUUGAUGAGAUUGAUGGCUUGGCUCCCGUUCGAUCCAGCAAACAAGAUCAGAUUCACAGCUCAAUUGUGUCGACUCUGCUGGCUCUGAUGGACGGGUUUGACAGUCGAGGAGAAGUCGUGGUGAUCGGAGCCACAAACAGGCUGGACUCCAUCGACCCGGCUCUGCGGCGUCCCGGACGCUUUGACAGGGAGUUUCUGUUUGGCCUUCCUGACAAAGAGUCUCGUAAAGAGAUCCUGAAGAUUCACACCCGGCUGUGGAAACCUCCUCCUUCAGAAGACUUUCUGGAUGAACUUGCAGAAAAAUGUGUUGGUUACUCUGGUGCUGACAUCAGGGCGGUGUGCACCGAAGCGGCGCUGUGCGCUUUGCGUCGUCGCUACCCACAGAUCUACGCCACCUCACAGAAGCUUUUGCUGGACGUCUCCUCCAUCUCCGUUAGCAGCUGCGACUUUGUGGCAGCCAUGAGGAAGAUGAAGCCAGCCUCUCAACGGUCCAACGCCUGUCCUACAAAACCGCUGUCAACGGUGGUUCAGCCCCUGCUGGGCGAUGCACUGCACCGCAUACUGGAGGUUCUGCAGAAGCUGUUUCCACACGCUGAACAGGGGAUGAAGAGGAAGAGGGAGCCGGAUCUGACCUCUGGUAUCCUUAAUGAUGGUCUGAUGAGUGGCGGAGACGAAGGCUUCUCAUCCUCCAGCAUCUCUGCCCCUUCCACCUCCCAAAACAAAACCUUCCUGCACUUUGCCAGGAGUGCAGUCAAACACCCAACAUCUUACCGCCCUCGAAUGCUCCUGGCUGGUUGCUCUGACUCUGGUCAGACCUCCCACCUGGCCCCUGCGAUUCUGCACGCCCUGGAGCGUUUCACUGUCCACAGCCUGGAUUCUGCUGUGUUGUUCGGGUUCAGCUGCACCUCGCCCGAGGAAGCCUGUGCACAGGUGUUCUGCGAGGCCAAACGAACAUCUCCCAGCAUCAUCUAUAUUCCUCACAUACAGCAGUGGUGGGACACGGCAGGACCAGCUCUCAAGGCCUCGUUUCUCAGCUUGCUGGGCAGCAUCCCCUCAUUCUCUCCCAUCCUCCUCCUCGCAACCUGCAGCCUGCCCCACCAGCAGCUGGACCCAGAGAUACAAUCUCUGUUUCGGAAGGAGUAUGGGGAGAUAUAUAGCAUGACUGUUCCCACCCGGCAGGAGAGAACAGAGUUCUUCAAGGAUCUCAUUCUGAACCAGGCUGCUGAGCCUCCACUAUCAAAGAAUAAAGGAAUGACCCAGAACUUGGAGAUCCUUCCCGUGGCUCCACUCCCUCCCCUAAGACAGAUGUCUGAGCAGGAACGCCUCCGUCUGGAGGAGCAGGAAGAGGACGUGCUGAGGGAGCUCCGCCUCUUCCUCCGUAACCUCACAGAGCGGUUGAUGUUGGACCGCCGCUUCAAGGCCUUCACCAAACCUGUCGAUAUAGAGGAGGUCCCAGACUACCUCAUAGUGAUCCAGAAGCCCAUGGACCUCUCCACACUGCUGUCCAACAUCGAUGAGCAUAAAUACGUCACCGUUAAUGAGUUCAUGUCAGACGCAUACCUCAUCUGGCAGAACGCUCUCGAGUACAACCCAGACAGAGACCCGGAAGAUCGUCACAUCCGUCACCGUGCAUGCGCCCUGAAGGACACAAUGCGAACCAUCAUCAGACACGAACUGGACAAGGAUUUUCAAAGGGUCUGCGAGGAAAUUCGAGAGUCCCGGAUUGAGAGAGCAUUAUCCUACAGGGCCAGAGCCAAUCUAGAGUUGACCAAUAGCUUCUACAACUCGGUAUUCACCAGAAAUAGCACUGGACCUCAAGUGUGUAAGAAAAAGUGUUUCAAACCGACCCGAAAAUCCAAGUGGAGCACUGGUGGUGUUAAGAAACGACAACAAAAGAAGACGGCUUCAAACUUUUCCUCCUCGAUGUCCAGUAUGACCAGUUCUGAUUCAAGUACAGAUGGAAUCCGAGGGGAGAAUGGUUCUGCUGGCCAAAGCUCAUCCAGUUUGUCAGAUAGCAGCGACGAUGACGAGAACAUCUUCCUGGCCAUUAACAGGCACCAUCACGCAUUCAAAGCGCUCCAAAAAAGCCUAAAACAAAUGAACAACCAAUCCAACAGGAGCACCCCCAAAAUUAGGCUGAACCGCAGGCAGCAAAACCAGCCUUCAAAGUCAAACCCAACCCGAAGGAAGGCACUGACGGAGUUUUAUUUAAAGAAAUUAGAGAGGCAGAGCAAGACUGAGAUGAGAGCAAACAAAGCCGUCUUCGAGCAAAUGCAACAGUUCAACAAGGAGAGGUCUGCAGAGGUCGUUGCAGAGCAAGCCCCCCCGCUGGUAGUCGAUCACAAAAAGCUAAAGGAUCUGCUGAACAGAGCUGUAGAUAAAACGGAGGGCGCUGAGGUGGAGCCUCUGGAGAAGCUUUACGCUCUGUUGGCUCAAUGCAUCUACAGACACAGAAACAACUACAACAAGACGGAGCUCAUUAAGGAAAUGAAGAAUGAGAUUGAAAACUUCUCCUGACCUGUUACAAUAAAACCUGAGUCACUUUAAAUGUAAAGUUUUUUCUCUCGUUUUUAAAUUAAGCUAUAUUUAUAAAGUAUUACAAAAAAUCUAAAUACCUCAGUAUAUAAAGUAUUACUUCAGAUUCCAUUACCAAUUAAUCCUUUGACAUUUUGCUUAUGUUUAUCAUGUUUAUUGACUAAAUUGAUCAUAAAAUGCACUUUAUGAAAGUGGUGCUCAAAGUAAAUUCAAAUAUUGACUGUGUUUUUUGUGCGGCAGCCGAUUAAAGUUGUUCAUUUUCA